GGUUUAUCUAUUUAUUUUUUCAUUCUUUCACAUUUCGUUUCACCUCACCGCCCUUUUUUCAUUCAUCGUUGCCAUAAUUCAUCCAUACACGACAUACCUUUUUUUUCUCUGCAACUCAUUCUCUUUCUCUCUGAAUUGCAAAUCUCAAAAGCCUCAAAAGUUAGAGAGAGAAAGACAACGCACAGGCCCAGCAAUUAUUUCACUAUCUUUUUCAACUAUAUUCCUCUCUCUCUCUCUCUCUCUCUCUUUCUCUCUCUGAAACUCAUCAUCGCCGUUGAGAUCUCAGUUUCUCAGAUUUUGGAAUACUGAAUGGAAUUUGAAAAUCUGGAAUGCUUUCCGAAGUUGGCUUUUAGUAACUUCGGUAUGAGACAUGUUGUAUGGAGGAACAAGCUGAAGAAGAGUGAUUAUUUGCUCAAGUCUUUGCAGCAAUAGCACUUUAAUUUAAGCUGUGGAUUAGUUUGGCAUUUACAGACAGUCUUUGCUGGAAAGAAAAAAAGAAGAACCAUACUUUGAUAAGGAACAUUAAGCCAUGUCCAGCUCAACAAAAAAUGUGGAUCCUGCAUUCCAGGGAGUUGGUCAAAGAGUAGGAACUGAAAUAUGGAGGAUUGAGAAUUUUCAGCCAGUUCCACUGCCCAAAUCUGAAUAUGGGAAAUUCUACAUGGGAGAUUCAUACAUCAUCUUGCAGACAACUCAAGGCAAAGGAGGCUCAUAUUUUUAUGAUUUACACUUCUGGAUUGGGAAGGAUACAAGUCAGGAUGAGGCUGGAACUGCAGCCAUUAAAACUGUUGAACUUGAUGCUGCUCUUGGAGGGCGUGCAGUGCAGCACAGAGAAAUCCAAGGACAUGAAUCUGACAAGUUUUUAUCAUAUUUUAAACCAUGUAUAAUACCACUAGAGGGGGGUGUUGCAUCUGGGUUUAAAACACCUGAAGAAGAGCAGUUUGAAACCCGUUUAUAUGUAUGCAGAGGGAAAAGAGUUGUAAGAUUGAAACAGGUCCCCUUUGCAAGGUCUUCAUUGAACCAUGAUGAUGUAUUCAUACUAGACUCUCAGAAUAAGAUUUAUCAAUUUAAUGGUGCAAAUUCCAAUAUUCAGGAAAGAGCCAAAGCUUUGGAAGUUAUACAGUUUCUUAAAGAAAAAUAUCAUGAAGGGACAUGUGAUGUUGCAAUUGUUGAUGAUGGCAAGUUAGACACUGAAUCAGACUCGGGUGAAUUUUGGGUCCUCUUUGGUGGUUUUGCUCCCAUUGGAAAGAAAGUAAUCAGUGAGGAUGAUAUCAUUCCGGAGACAACUCCUGCUCAGCUUUAUAGUAUCACUGAUGGUGAGGUCAAGGCUGUGGAAGGUGAACUUUCUAAAUCACUGUUGGAAAACAACAAAUGCUAUUUGCUGGACUGCGGUGCUGAGGUAUUUGUCUGGGUUGGCCGGGUAACACAAGUUGAAGAAAGAAAAGCAGCUUGCCAAGCAGCUGAGGAGUUUCUUGCAAGCCAAAGUAGGCCAAAGUCUACAAGGAUAACCAGGAUUAUUCAAGGUUACGAGACACAUUCAUUUAAGUCCAACUUUGAUUCUUGGCCAUCAGGAUCUGCUAGUACUGGUGCUGAGGAAGGAAGAGGAAAAGUUGCAGCAUUGCUUAAGCAACAAGGUAUGGGCGUCAAAGGAAUGACAAAAAGUACCCCUGUAAAUGAGGAAAUUCCACCCUUACUUGAAGGAGGUGGAAAGAUAGAGGUAUGGCAAAUCAACGGAAGUGCUAAGACUCCAUUGCCAAAGGAGAAUAUUGGUAAAUUUUAUAGUGGAGAUUGUUACAUUGUACUGUACACAUAUCACUCUGGUGAGAGGAAAGAAGACUACUACUUGUGCUGUUGGUUUGGCAAAGACAGUAUUGAGGAGGACCAAACCAUGGCUACUCGGUUGGCCAAUACAAUGUUCACUUCAUUAAAGGGUAGACCUGUUCAGGGUCGCAUAUUUGAAGGUAAAGAGCCACCACAGUUUGUUGCUCUUUUCCAACCUAUGGUGGUCCUUAAGGGAGGUUUGAGCUCUGGAUACAAAAAUUUAGUAGCAGACAAAGGCUUAUCAGAUGAGACAUACACAGCAGAGUGUAUUGCACUUAUUCGAAUUUCUGGAACUUCCAUUCAUAACAAUAAGGCAGUACAAGUUGAUGCUGUGCCAUCAUCAUUGAAUUCUACUGAGUGUUUUGUCCUGCAAUCUGGCUCCACAAUUUUCACUUGGCAUGGAAAUCAGUGCUCCUUUGAGCAGCAGCAGCUAGCAGCAAAGGUUGCUGAAUUUUUAAGGCCAGGAGUUGCUUUAAAGCAUGCUAAAGAAGGAACAGAAAGCUCAGCUUUCUGGUUUGCACUAGGUGGAAAACAAAGUUAUACCAGCAAGAAAGUUACUAAUGAUGUUGUCAGGGACCCGCAUUUGUUCACUUUCUCAUUUAAUAAGGGAAAGUUACAUGUGGAGGAGGUUUACAACUUCUCUCAAGAUGAUUUAUUGACGGAGGAUAUCCUCAUACUUGACACACAUGCAGAAGUGUUUAUUUGGAUUGGUCAGUGUGUGGAUGCAAAAGAAAAGCAAAAUGCUUUUGAAAUUGGCCAGAAAUACGUAGACAUGGCUGCAUCUCUGGAGGGACUAUCUCCACAGGUACCACUAUAUAAAGUAACAGAAGGGAACGAACCAUGUUUUUUCACAACAUACUUUUCAUGGGAUCAUGCAAAGUCUACGGUUCAGGGGAACUCAUUCCAGAAAAAGGUGUCAUUACUCUUUGGCGUUGGCCAUGCUGUGGAGGACAAGUUAAAUGGGUCAAGUGUAGCCGGACCAAGACAAAGAGCAGAAGCCUUGGCUGCCCUAUCUAAUGCUUUUAGUUCAUCAUCUGAGAAAUCAUCCAGUAUGUCGCAGGAUAGAUUGAAUGGGUUAAACCAAGGAGGACCAAGACAAAGGGCAGAGGCUUUAGCUGCUUUAAACUCUGCAUUUAGUUCAUCAUCCGGGACAAAGAAUUUUACUCCUAGGCCAUCAGGAAAAAGUCAAGGAUCACAAAGAGCAGCAGCAGUGGCCGCUCUUUCAUCAGUUCUUACUGCUGAGAAGAAGAAAACUUCACCUGAUUCUUCUCCUGUGGCUAGCAGUAGUCCUGGUGCUGAAGGUAGCUUUACUGAAGCUAAAAGUGAGACUGCCUACUCUGAAGGCGAUGAAGUUGAAGAAGCCAAGGAAAUAGCGGAACUUGCCCCUGAAACUGGUGGGAAUGGGGAUUUGGAGCCGAAACAAGAAAAUGUGGAGGAUGGAGAUGAUAUUCAAAGUAGUCCAAAGACGCUCAGUUAUGAUCAAUUAAAGACUAAAUCUGGUUUUAAUUUGUCUGGAAUUGAUCUUAACCGAAGAGAGGCCUACCUGUCGGAAGAAGAGUUCGAAACUGUUUUUGGAAUGGCGAAAGAAGCAUUCUAUAAAUUGCCAAGAUGGAAGCAAGACAUGCUGAAAAAGAAAUUCGAAUUGUUCUAGACUUGAAACCAUGAGUGGCAUCUACUUCUUUAUCUAAUAUACCUUUCCUCAGUUAUCUUAAAAUGCUCUUAUUUGUUGGGUAGUGUGGUUUUAUUGGGUAUACCUUACUUGGAUUCUUAUUCAUAGCGUUUUGCUUUCGGCCUAUAUAAUGGACGUAGCUGUGGUUAGUGCCCAAGUUUGAAUGUGACGCUGCAUGGAGAGUGAUUUUUAGUUUCUCCUUUUAAAUUGCUGCUGCCUCUUCCAAUGUUUGCAUAUUGUAGCAAUGAAGACCCUAGACGGUGGACAGGUCCAAUUCUUUCAUUUUGUCAAGGUUGUAUUUUAAAUCUGUUUUCUUCUUUUUUGUUAUUUGGUUAGAAAGGCGGGUGUAUAUGUAUUGCUUUUAUACUUAGCACAAUAUAAUGAAAACAAAAAAAAAAGUUUAUUUAUUAUACUUUGAAUUAUGUAGAGGACAAAACUAAGCAUAGUUUUUUAGACUUUUUAUUUUAUUUUAUUUUAUUCUUCAAUUAAAAUUGGAGUGACAUCUCGGUAACAUGAGCUAUGUGCCGUUCUUAAAUGCCAGUCAUUCAUUUUGCCAUUCAUUGAAAUAAAAUGCUGUUCCAUUUACAAAUAAUAUCAAAAUAAGUU